AUGGCGGACGCAGUGAAGGAGAAAGUGUCUCUACCAAGCAUUAGCAGUAGCGACUCAAUUCCUGACAAAGCGAAAUGGGACCGACCUCUCGAGUUCAUCCUUGCCUGUUUAGGCUAUGCUGUUGGUCUUGGCAAUGUAUGGAGGUUCCCUUAUCUUGCUUAUAGAAAUGGCGGUGGUGCCUUCUUGAUACCAUUUUUCUUGAUGCUGUUGUUCAUUGGUCUUCCAAUCUUCUUUCUCGAACUUUAUGUCGGACAGUUCUCUGGCCUCGGCCCAAUACAGGCUUUCAGUGCAAUAUCUCCUUUCUUCAGCGGAUUAGGAUAUUGUACUCUCGUGGUUAUCACCAUUAUAUCCAUCUACUACAUGAUUAUCGUUGCCUGGGCUGUUUUCUAUACAAUUGUUUCAAUUGCUGGAAAUUUGGAUUGGGGAUCCUGCGAAAAUGAGUUCAAUACCAUAAAUUGUUUCAGUGGUGAAUACGACCGAUUAUGCAGGGAAAAUAAUACCGGUGAUUCUACUGACCUAACUUACUACCAGCAGCAUUGUGUCAGCAUCGGGACUAUUUGCAUUGAAACUGGCUUUCAACCUUACGAUGGCAAAAACUGUUUGAAUGGAAGUGAAGUUAUACCUUGGUUCAAAAAUGUUACGAGAAUUUUAGCAGCAGAAGAAUAUUUCAAUGAACGUGUGCUGGGUCGAGGUGACGCCACCUGGGAGAACUGGGGCACGAUACAAUGGCAUAUGGUUGGAUGUCUGGCACUCUGUUGGUUCGUAGCCUUCUUGGUUGUUAUUAAGGGAGUCCAGUCUGCAGGCAAAGUGGUGUACUUUACGGCUUUGUUCCCUUACGUCAUGUUAACAGCUCUACUUAUUCGAGGUGUAACUCUAGAAGGUGCCGUAGACGGAAUCAUUUUUUAUUUAUCACCUAAUUGGGAGACUUUGCUGGAAGCUCGAGUGUGGGGUGACGCUGCUUCGCAGAUCUUCUACUCCUUUGGUGUGGCAGCCGGUGCGUGCGUGACCCUGGCAUCAUACAACAAAUUCACUAACAACUGUCAGUUUGAUGCAGUUUUGGUCAGUUUCACCAACUUUUUCACGUCUAUAUAUGCAGGGUUUGCUAUAUUCUCUGUACUGGGUUUCCAAGCUAAUCUGAUGGGAGUCACUGUAGAUGAUGUUGCUGCAGAAGACGUAGGCCUUGCCUUUGUUGCAUACCCGGAAGCGCUUCUUCAGAUGCCCCUCCCACAACUCUGGUGUAUUUUGUUCUUCUUCAUGCUUUUUAUCCUCGGUCUUGGAAGUCAAUUUGCUGGUAUUGAAGCCAUGAAUACUGCUAUUACUGACAGGUGGCCAACUUUAAGGAAAAGCUAUUGGAAGGAGAGCCAUGCUACUGCUCCUAUCUAUCGGUUCGAUUAA